AAUUGGUAUCAGUGAUGACGCUUAAUCCUGCGAAAUUCGAAGUGGCAAGGUUCGACGGGACGGGCAAUUUCGGAUUAUGGCAGAGAAGGGUUAAGGAUCUGUUGGCGCAACAGAGUCUACAGAAGGCGUUGCGCGAGACGAAGCCGGCAGACAUGGACGACACCGACUGGACAGAGAUGAAGGAGAAGGCUGCGGGUUUGAUACGCUUGUGCGUUUCAGACGAGGUCAUGCAUCAUAUCCUUGAUCUAACAACUCCGAAGGAAGUUUGGGAUAAAUUGGAGAGUCAGUACAUGGAGAAAUCGCUUAUGAACAAGUUGUACGCGAAAAAACGGUUGUACAGUCUCAAGAUGGAGGAAGGAUCAAAUUUGCAACAACACGUCAACGUCUUCCAAAACAUUCUCACCGAUCUGACGAGGCUUGGGGUUCAGAUGGACGAUGAAGACAAGGCAAUCAUAUUGUUGUGCUCGUUACCAGAGUCAUACGACCACUUGGUGACUACCCUUACUUACGGUAAAGAGUCUAUUACUCUCGCUUCGAUUAGUUCUGCACUGUUGUCUCAUAAUCAAAGGAGGCAUAACACAGAGGGCGGUAGUCAUGGCGACGGUUUGUAUGUAAAGGGCGGUUCAGAUCGUGGACGGAACAAGGGUAACACAGGUCCUGCAAAGAAGAGGAAUAAAUCUAAGAACAGGAAAACAGCAGAGUGCUACGGUUGCAAACAGAUUGGCCAUUGGAAGAGGGAUUGUCCAAACAGAAAGCAAGGGGCAUCAACUUCAGCCAAUAUAGUUCAAACUGAUGACUCUGGCAGUGAGGGAGACUUACUUUGUGUUUCAUCUAGCAAGUGCACAGAUGCGUGGAUUCUUGAUUCUGGUUGCUCCUAUCAUAUGACGCCGAAUCGGGAGUGGUUCACUACAUUCAGGUCAGGCAGUUUUGGUUUUGUUUAUUUGGGUGAUGAUAAAGCUUGUGCUAUCACUGGAAUAGGGCAGAUUAAAAUUGCUAUGGAUGAUGGUGGUGUGCGGACACUAAAUGAUGUUCGAUAUAUUCCAGAAUUGAGAAAGAACUUGAUCUCCUUAGGUACUCUACAGGCACAUGGUUACUCAUACAGGUCUGAUGGAGAUAGGGAUAUCUUGAAGGUUAGCAAGGGUGCAUUGACAGUGAUGAGAGCAAAGAGGACUGCAGGUAACAUCUACAAGCUGUUGGGGCAUACUGUUGUAGGUAAAGUCGAAGAAAUGUGUCUUCGUCGGUUACUCUAAAGGGGUGAAGGGGUUUAAGUUAUGGGAUCCGGUUUCAAAGAAGAUGGUUCUGAGUCGAGAUGUUGUUUUUGAUGAGCAAUUUAUGUUGAAACAACCAGAAGUGACAGAAUCAGCAGGAGGAAAUCCUAACAAAGAAGCCAUUCAGGUAGAAAUUGAGCCGACACCAACCAAUACCAUAUCACAGGUACAUCAACAACCACCUGAAACUACAACAACUAAUAAUGACACUGAAGUUUUAGGUGGAGCAACUGAAGAUUUAGCUGGAGAAAAUGAUUAUCAGCUUGUCCGUGAUAGAGAACGACGCUCCGUUAAGCCACCAGAAAGAUAUGGGUACGAAGACUUGGCAGCAUAUGCACUUCUUACUAGUUCUGGAGAUCCUUCCACAUUUCGAGAGGCUAUGGCCAGUCAGGAGAAAGAAAGGUGGAUGGGUGCUAUGAUGGAAGAAAUGGAGUCGUUACAGAAAAAUCAGACAUGGGAGCUUGUUCAGCUUCCUAAGGGCAAGAGGGCUAUCGGUUGCAAGUGGGUGUACAAGAGAAAACCAGCAGUAACAGAAAAAGAAGGGGAAAAGUUCAAGGCUCGUCUUGUAGCAAAGGGGUACUCACAGCAGAAAGGGAUUGAUUAUGAUGAGAUUUUCUCUCCGGUCGUUAGACAUACUUCUAUCAGGGCAGUGUUAGCCUUGGUAGCCAGCCGAGACAUGCAUUUAGAACAGAUGGAUGUGAAGACAGCAUUCCUUCAUGGUAAUCUAGAUGAGCAAAUUUACAUGGAGCAGCCAGAGGGUUUCAGUGACACUGGAAAAGGCCGACUAGUUUGUAAAUUGAAGAGGUCUCUAUAUGGUCUAAAGCAAUCUCCCAGGCAGUGGUACAAGCGGUUUGAUUCCUACAUGCUUCAGAUUGGCUACAAGCGGUGUGAGUAUGACUGUUGUGUCUAUGUCAGGAGCCUUGAUGAUGGCUCUUUUAUUUUUCUGUUACUUUAUGUUGAUGAUAUGUUAAUUGCUGCUAACCAUUUACAUGAUGUAAAUGAACUGAAAAUUUUGUUGGGUAAAGAAUUUGACAUGAAAGACUUAGGUGCUGCUAAGAGGAUUCUUGGGAUGGAAAUUCACAGGGACAAGGGAGCUAGAAAAUUGUGGCUCUCUCAGAAAAGCUAUGUUGAAAAGGUACUAAACAGGUUUGACAUGAGUAAUUCGAAAGCUGUGAGCACUCCAUUGGCGAAUCACUUUAAACUUACAUUGGAUCAGUGUCCGAAGUCAGAUUCAGAAAUUGAGUAUAUGUCAAAGGUUCCUUAUGCCAGUGCUGUUGGUUGUUUAAUGUAUGCUAUGGUCUGUACAAGGCCAGAUUUGGCACAAGCUGUAAGUCAAGUUUGCAAGUUUAUGUCUAAGCCAGGAAAGCAUCAUUGGGAAGCAGUCAAAUGGAUUUUCAGGUACUUGAAAGGUACAACAGGUCAUGGUAUCAUGUUUAGCAGUGAAAAGGGUAAUCCUUCAGUUGUAGGAUAUGUUGAUUCAGACUACGCCGGUGAUAUGGAUGACAGGAGGUCUACUACAGGUUAUGUGUUUACUCUUGCAGGAGGACCUAUUUGUUGGAAAUCGUCAGUUCAAUCUAUAGUGGCUAUGUCAACAACUGAAGCAGAGUACAUGGCAGUAGCUGAAGCUGCCAAAGAGGCCUUAUGGCUUACAGGAUUAGUGAAGGAAUUGGGUGUUGAGCAAGGUGGAGUUCAACUGCAUUGUGAUAGUCAGAGUGCCAUUUACUUGGCCAAGAAUCAAGUGUAUCAUGCUAGAACUAAGCAUAUUGAUGUGAGGUUUCACAAGAUCAGAGAGCUACUUACAACUGGACAGAUAUUACUUGAGAAGGUUCAUACUUCAGAGAAUGCAGCUGACAUGUUGACCAAGCCAGUCACCAGUGACAAGUUCAAGCAUUGCUUGGACUUGUUACAUGUUUCUCAGUGUUAAGAAGGAAACGACCCCCCCUAGCGCUAAGGAUGCGGAUGUCAUACAGAGGUUCUUCAUAUGGGUUUGAUAUUCACCAAGGUGGAGAUUGUUGAGUAUGGUUCAUAUAUGCAUCAGGAAGAGGCUGGGGGCGGCCCGGAGCUGAGCUAGCGGAGCGAAGCGAAGCUCCGGCCGCCCCCUGCCCAUAUGGGCUUUGACCAGAUGUUUUGGGGGGCGCUAGGGGGGUGCGGGGGGCGAUAGCCCCCCGCGGUAUGGUGCAGGGGUAUUUACGACAUUCUGCUAUUAUUAUAUAUACCGCUUGUAACACUGAAACCCUAAUUUGAUUCUUUCAUCUAAUAGAAACGAGCUGUAGCGAAUUCUGCAGCCGGAGACGUACCUAAGGGGAACUCCGUUAUCAAACUUCUUGUGUUCUUAUUGUUUGCAAUUUCGUUAUUAUUACCUUCUGUUACUAUUUGUGCACAACAGUUACUUUUUUUUCCAAAGUGGUUACUUUUUAAUAUGAGCCCUUAGAUUUACUUUUGCCACUUAUCAAUGAAAAGGAGUAAAGGGAGCAAACACAAAUGGAACAAAGCUGCAUUCCUGUGUAAGAUAAGUAACUGUGCUCUUUAGCUAUGAAUCACGACACACAUAUCGGACACAACACACAACACAGACACAAUUCAAUGUAAUUAUAAGCAGUGUCGUGUCGCGCCUAAUCCGAGGAGUGUUCGUGAUUCACAGCUCUUUAUUCUUUGAGAGUUUUCAUUGGCUUGUAUUCAAGAUAGAAUAGAAGAAUGUUUGUUGAUUCUUCUUCGCCUGCAAAACAUAUCUCCCCACCCACCGCCAACUUAUUUUACUUUAAUACUUAUCCUAUACAUGCUAUCUAUUUCUGCUUUGAAGUUUCCUUUGGCAGGAAACACACAAAACCAGACGAAAACAAAACACAAUUUAAAGUAAAAGUUUGGCCUCAUAAUGACCAAAGCUCAUAAAUUUGACAACGUAAAUAAAAUAAUCCGAGUCAAGAAACCACCUUUCAUAACUAACGACAAAAGACCUUUCAUUUACCCAAAUCUCAAGCUAACUUCUAAUUCAAUCCAAUCUUUUCCAAAUUCUCAUUCCGUUAACUCCACGUUUUACUCUGUCACAUUGUCACCAUUCCACGUGUCAUUUCUUCAACUUCCACGUCAUCUUCCCACACUAAUAAAAGUGUUUUCUCUUCUCUUCUGAAACAUGUUAUGUUACACCGCUUUUGCUUUAUAUUAUAUUUAUAAUAACAAGCUAUGUUGAAGAAGUUAUAUGUAUGUGUAUUGGAAGCCAAAGACUUACCCGUAAAGAAUUAUCGUGUGAAGCUUCAACUUGGAAAGCUCAAGUACAAGACAAGGAUAUCCAGAAACACGUUCAAUCCCAUUUGGAACCAGGAAUUUGUUUUCAAGGUGGUGAAGGAUAUUGCAGAGGAAGUGCUUGUUGCCACUGUUGUUAAUGAUCACAGUUAUGGUGAUGUAGUGGAUUUUGUCGGUGAAGUGCGGAUUCCGGUUGGUUUUGAUCAGGUUAAUAACAAGCAAAUAUUGCCACCGACGUGGUUCUCCCUUCAAUGUUCUAACAAGGGUGCCAGAUUUUUCAACAAAUUUUCUGGGAAGAUUCUCCUUACAAUUUCUCUUCAUUGUAAAAGUCGUGCUUCUUCGAUGAAUCAUAAGCAUUCUCCAAACUCAACUAUUGCAGACUUGGAUGAUCUUCACACUUCAUCGCAGCCAUCUUUUCAUAAAAUUCGUAAAAUGGGUGAAGGCAAACAGUUGUUGAAGGUUAUUGCUAAUCGUAUAGAUAGGAUUUUUAAUAAAAAGGAACGGAACUCAAAAUCGGUGGAUUGUUCAGAAACAUCAAAUUCAUUAUCUGAUUAUGAAGAUAGUGUAGAAGAAAAUUCACCCCCAUGUAGCUUUGAAGAAGGCAUUGCAGUAAUGGAAACAAGAGAUGGACAACCAGAAAGUCCUGAAAAUUUGCCGGGUGGUGUUCUAAUAGAUAAAAUUUAUGCAGUAUCUCCAUACAAUCUUAAUGUGGUUCUUUUCGCACCGAAUUCUCAGUUUAGGAAAGAUUUGGCAGAACUACAAGGGACAACAAAUUUGCAAGAAGGGGCUUGGUCCUGGAAAGGUGAAGACAUGUCUUGUUUGACUCGAGUUGUUACCUAUACAAAAGCUGCUUCAAAAUUAGUCAAGGCUGUUAUUGCCACUGAGGAGCAAACCUAUAUUAGAGUGACCAAAGAUGAAUUUGUUGUACUUGUUAGUGUAUGCACUCCUGAUGUUCCAUAUGGGAAUACAUUUCGGGUUGAAUUGCUUUACAAGAUAAUGCCUGGAGAAGAGGUGUCUUCUGGGGAUGAAUCCUCACAUCUUGUGAUAUCAUGGGGAAUUGUCUUCCUACAAAGUACAAUGAUGAAAGGUAUGAUAGAGAGUGGAGCUAGACAAGGUUUGAAGGAGAGUUUUGAUCAGUUUUCUAACCUACUUGCUCAAAGUUUCAAGGUACUAGAUAAGCAAGAUUUGAUAAACAAAGAACACUUGUUGGCAACUUUGCAGACUGAAAACCAGUGGAAUUGGUGGCAGGCUAUUGCAUACUUCUGGAAUUUCCCAGUAGUUUCAACAUUUUUUAUGGUUUUGUAUCUGUUGCUGCAUAUUUUAAGGUGUGGUCCUAGUCAACCUCAGGGUUUGGAGUUUAGAGGGAUUGAACUGCCAGAUAGCUUAGGAGAGCUAGUUACAAGUGGAAUUUUAGUUAUCCAGUUGAAACGUGUUUAUUAUAUGGUAUCUCACUUUGUGCAAGCUAGAUUUCAAAUGGGAACUGACCAUGGCAUGAAAGCACAUGGGGAUGGAUGGGUUGUUACUAUAGCUUUAAUUGAGGGAGUUGAGCUGGCCUCAUUGGAGUCAACAGGCUUGUCAGAUCCCUAUGUAGUUUUCACCUGUAAUGGACAAACAAGGUCAAGCUCUGUCAAGCUUGAGACAUCAGAUCCUCAAUGGAAUGAGAUAUUAGAGUUUGAUGCUAUGGAAGAACCGCCAUCAGUUUUACAUGUGGAAGUUUUUGAUUUUGAUGGUCCAUUUGACCAAGAUGUUUCACUUGGACACGCUGAGAUCAAUUUCCUAAAACACACAUCAACAGAAUUGGCAGACAUGUGGGUCAUGCUUGAAGGUAAGCUAGCGCAAUCUGCUCAAUCGAAGUUGCAUUUGAGGAUUUUCUUGGACAAUAAUAAAGGAGUUGAAACUAUCAAGGAUUACUUGGAGAAAAAGGAAAAGGAAGUAGGCAAAAAGUUGAAUCUUCCAUCACCUCAAAGGAAUUCUACAUUCCAGAAACUGUUUGGAUUGCCUCCAGAAGAGUUCCUAAUCAAUGAUUUCACAUGUUCCCUGAAGAGAAAAAUGCAUUUACAGGGCCGGCUAUUUCUUUCGGCAAGGAUUGUAGGAUUUUAUUCAAAUUUAUUUGGACAUAAAACCAAAUUUUUCUUCCUUUGGGAAGAUAUUGAAAACAUUCAAGUGCUUCCUCCAUCAUUAGCAUCAUUAGGAAGCCCUACAUUGGUCAUAAUUCUUCGAAGAGGAAGAGGUAUCGAUGCAAGGCAUGGUGCCAAGUCACAAGAUGAAGAAGGAAGGCUUAGGUUUCAUUUUCAGUCAUUUGUUUCUUUUGGUUCUGCAUCCAGAACAAUAAUGGCCUUGUGGAGAACAAGAAUAUUGAACCCCUAUCAGAAAGAACAUAUUAUGGAGGAGCAUGAAGAUCAAGAAGUUUUGGUAAUGCCUGAUGACUCUGGAUCUAUCCUAGAGGAUGAAGAAAAAAUGUCCAGUAUUUAUUCUGCUGAAUUGCCAAUUAAGAUGGGAUUAGUGAUGGAAAUUUUUGAGGGAGGAAACCUAGAGCAUAAGAUUAUGAAGAGAAGUGGUUGUAUAAACUAUGACACUACACUUUGGGAACCAGUAAAACCUGAUGUUCGCGAAAGGCGUGUUUCUUACCAAUUUAAUCGAAAUUCAUCGGUGUUUGAUGUAACAAGCACACAACAAAAGUUUCCAAAUACAAUCACAGGAGGUUUGAUUGUGAAUGAAGUUAUGGUCCUUAAUGGUGUCCCAUUUUCCGAUCACUUCCGUAUUCAUUUUAGGUACGAAAUUGAGAAAUCAGCUCUUAGUGAAUGUGCUUGCAUGUGUGAUGUAUACAUUGGCAUUAUGUGGCUUAGGAGCUCUAAGUUUCAGCAAAGGCUCAAUCGGAACAUAACAUCCAAGUUUAAAAUUCGACUUGAGGAAAUAUUUGAACUGGUGCAGAAAGAGAUUUUGUUGCUGUCUAACAACUCGCAUGUGUAAAGGAUGAAUGGAUUAGUGAGACUAAAAAAUUGUAAUUUGUAUAAGGUGAAAGAAAUUACCUCUGUAUAGAGUGAUAGUUUAAUUUUUAAUUUUAGUUUUCAAUAGAUAAUCAUGGUUGAUAAUAAAAGAAGUUAACUUAAUUCUGUGCAAAAAAGAGAUUGCUGUACCAAAAAUAAUUAAAUUUGAUAGUUUCACUGA